CGCUCUGUGUGUGCGUCUCAUGAAAGAGAGGAGUCAACAUGGCGCCUGCUGCAGCCGCGUUGGUGCUGUUUUGUUUAGCAUCAUUUUCAAUUCAAAUGAGCUCUUCCAGACUUUUAUCUGAGCCUUGUUACAAGCCCAUCAGAGACGACAGGCCAGACUUUGUCAAGACACAGGCUCGCCCACAUGAGUAUGUGAAGGUGUCGGACCUUCCUCUGUCCUGGGACUGGAGGAACAUCAGUGGGAAGAAUUAUGUGAGCGUGACACGAAACUAGCACAUUCCCCAGUACUGUGGGUCCUGCUGGGCCAUGGGAGCCACCAGUGCGCUAGCUGACCGUAUCAACAUCAAGCGUGGAGGAGCGUGGCCAUCAGCCUACCUGUCAGUCCAGAACGUGAUCGACUGUGGAGGGGCGGGCUCCUGUUAUGGGGGAGAUCACCUGAGAGUCUACGCCUAUGCACACAAGAGAGGCAUUCCUGACGAAACCUGCAACAACUACCAAGCCAAAAAUCAAAAGUGUGAGCAGUUUAACCAGUGUGGCACGUGCUCCUUCUUCGGAUCCUGUGCCGUUGUGAAGAACUACACCGUGUGGAAAGUGGCCGACUAUGGAGAAGUUUCCGGAAGGGACAAGAUGAAAGCUGAAAUUUACACCAACGGGCCCAUCAGCUGCGCCCUGAUGGCCACUGACGGCCUUGAGAAAUACUCCAGAGGGAUCUUCUCAGAGUUUCACCCGCUGUCUUUGCCCAAUCACAUCGUGUCUGUGGCUGGCUGGGGGGUGACGGAGGACGGGACCGAGUUCUGGAUCGUCAGGAACUCCUGGGGCGAGUUCUGGGGAGAACAUGGCUGGGCAAGAAUCGUCACCAGCGCCUACAAGGAAGGAAAAGGCAAUUGGUUCAACCUGGGUAUUGAGAAAAACUGUGUGUAUGCAGACCCAAUUGUAUCAGAAUUAAAUUGAGAGAGAGACUCUAGUUUAUUUGUUGCUUUUUUUUGACUGCUGAUCAGUUGGAUGGUUUGGAAAAUUAAAGGAAUAAAUGAAACAGUUUUGGAACAUAGUUUUUGUGUUUGACAUUUGCUGUUUGACGUAAGGUUUUUGGCAAACUAUUUUGUGGACUGAAGUCUUAGCUGAUUGGGCUUUGGAGGUGUCAGUAUUUGACUUUGUCUAUCUUUGGACCGAGCUAUGCUAGCUGCCCCCCCACUUCCAGUCUUUACGCUAAGCUAAGCUAGCCAGCUGUUGGCUCCAGCUACAUAUUGACUCACCUUACAGACAUGAGAAUUAAAUCGAUCUUCUCAUCUGAUUCACUACAAGGAUGCAGAUAAGCUUACAUCUCAAAAUGUUGUAUUCCUUCAAGUUAAAGGAGAAAGACAAGCUCCACUUUGAUGUUCAACUUCUAAUUUUUGCAUUCACUUUUCGUACUUCAUUGAAAUGCAUGUAAAACUUUUGUUGGAUGAAGUAAUUGCAAUUUUAGAGCUAUCCACAUGGGUUUUACAAGCUUAAUCACAUUCAGAUGAAUUAAUAUUCAGUUACACAGUGACACAGCGCAUAACAUCUGCAUCACAGCAGCUUCAGCUGAGGGUCUGCAGGCCGAACGCUCAGACCGAUUUAACACGAAUCAGGUCUGGUUGGACUGUCUCGGAGGACCAGCUCGUACUGUAACAAACCACCUCCAACAGAAGCAAAGCGGCUCGUUUUUCCCAACAUGCAAACCUGAUCCACAUGGAAAUGUCUUCACUGUCGCCUUCAUUUGUUAGGUUAACGAUGGGUGUGUGAGUCAGCGUCUCCCACAGAGCUGUAGAAAAGAGGACCAGUGAAGGACACUGAGGUGUUUCAGUGUACAAAUGAAUGCUUCCACUUAAUGUGUACGUCAAAGACUGAUUUUAUUAUUUUUUAGACUCGGCUGUGUAAUUUUUGCUGCUUAUAACUUCUGUUUCUCAGCAUGAAGAUCUAAUUGCUGCUUCAGAGCCUCCUCAUCAGGAUGAACAUUCUGCUUGAGAAAUAGUUGAUUUGUUUAUUUCCUGGUUAAUGUUCAUUAAGGGCAAAGAUUGUUGUCUUUUAUAGGCUUUUUAUUUGUGAACGUGUCUCAUGAAAAGAAGUAGAAAAACCUUUCAUGUAACAGGAAAAAUCUUCUUCAUCUGUGCCAUUAAAAUCACAUCAAUGAGCCAUA